CCGAUCUCUCUUCUCUUCUGCCGUUGGAUCCGUGUGCUCCCUCUCCCAGUCUCCCUCCAGCCGCAUCCCCUUCUAGAAAUCAUACUCCCUCGAACGGCGGUGAUACCAAAGAUGGGCGGCGGCCACGGCAACAGCAAAGAUUUCGGCGCCGCAGCCUACUGGGACGCCCGCUACUCCUCCUCCUCCCACUCCACCGGCGGCAAGGACGGCGGCGGGUUCUUCGACUGGUACCAGUCGUACCAGGCGCUCCGACCGCUCCUCCGCGACUGCGUCCCCACCUCCUCCCGCGUCCUCAUGCUCGGAUGCGGCAACUCCCUUUUGUCGGAAGACAUGGUAAAGGAUGGCUACGAGGACAUAUUAAACAUAGACAUCUCAUCUGUUGUCAUCGAGCAGAUGAGUGAGAAGCACAUGGAUAUUCCACAGCUUACAUAUAUGCAGUUCGAUGUUAGGGAAAUGAGUUUCUUUGAAGAUGGAUCGUUUGAUUGUAUCAUUGACAAAGGGACAUUGGAUGCUAUGAUGUGUGGCGAUGAUGCCCCUCAUGGUGCUUCUAGAAUGCUAGCAGAAGUGGCAAGGCUUAUUAGGCCUGGUGGGAUUUACAUGUUGAUAACAUAUGGUGCUCCUAAGGAACGUGUGACACUUCUGAACCAAGUUGGAUGCCAUUGGAAAGUUGAGCUAUACAUUAUGCGAGCCUGCCUGGUCGUGCUUCAUGCCCUCGACCACGCCUCAUCAUUAAACAAUGGUAUUUUGGUCCUUUUUCUACCGUUGACCAUUGGAUUGUCAUCUAUUGAGUACUGGUGGCAUAUGCAACAACACGCAGACUAAACUGGCAGCAGCCACACCUGCAUACCAGCGGAAAUGGAUCAAUGAUGCUUCACACGCUACCAUGUGGAGAGUCGCGCUGACAGUGGAUGGCCAACUCCCACCUGAUUAUGUUCUUAAAGAUCCAGAUUCGAAUUUCGUUUACGUCAGUUACAAGUCAGACAUUGCGAAUGGAGAUAAUUUUGUCGCUUCUGGUCAAGAGGAAACCAUGAUUUCAAAAUGAUUUUUGUUUCUGAUCCUUGGUUUGCAUAGUGGAGGCUGUCACCAUUGGUUAUGAGAAUGCGCACCCUUUCGUUGCAUUUGAGGCCUGCGUGAGAUUAGUCAGUGCGUGCUUGUUAUUUGUUCUUGGAAGUUGGAAGAUUUAAGACAAAACUCUGAUGUGUUUCUAGCUUCUAUUAAAUGGAAGCGAACCUGCCGAGUUCUGUUUGCUUCACUUAGAAUGAGUAAAUUUCAUUUCUCUGCAA